AUGGCCACCUUCCAAAACCUCCAAGUCACCAACAACGACACCUCGGCCAACACGACUUCUCUGUCGUCAUCACCAUACGACAACUUUUUGAAGGAACCAUCAGAAUCACCGCCUCUCAUCAUGUCCAUGUUCGGAGCGUUGAACCGCUUCAUAUCGCGACUAGACGCCGCGCCCCUCAACGAAGAGCAGCAGUCCGCUACGAAUGGCGCAUACGGCUUCCAGGUGCUGAGGAACGCUAACCUAGAUGUCCCUCUGGAGCCGUGGUUCGAUUUCAUCAUUGGAAUCAAUGGAAGAACUAUUGAUAAUCCAGAUCCAAGUCUCUUUGCGACAGAGGUACGGAACAGUGCUGGUGCGACCAUCAGCCUAGGUGUAUUCAGCGCAAAGGGCCAAAAGAUCCGAGAAGUUUAUCUGCAAAUCCCAGCCGAUCAGCCAACUCUAGGGAUCUCCUUGCAGUGGUCUCCAUUGGCCAUCGCGGAGGAUGUCUGGCAUAUCCUAGACGUGGCUCCCAAUUCCCCCGCUGAUGCCGCAGGGUUGCUACCCUAUGGUGACUACGUCAUCGGCAGCCCCGAAGGGCUUGUGCGCGGCGAGUCUGGCUUGGGUGAACUUGUGGAAGACUUCCUAAACAGGCCAUUGAGGCUGUACGUGUAUAACCACGAAUACAACGUGACUCGUCCCGUUACCAUCACGCCGACGCGCAAUUGGGGUGGUGAGGGAGCCUUAGGGUGUGUGUUGGGUUUCGGGGCUUUGCAUCGAAUUCCAGCGGGUUUGGACGAGCCGCCGCCAGCGCCUGGCGAGACCUUCUUCUCCACAGGCGAUGCUAGCGGGGCCACGUCGUUUGAUGAGAAACGCCCUUUGACUGGUUCUGUUGAUUUCCCCGCUGCGCCAACGCAGGGUGCACCGACAGAGUUGUUCGUGCCAGCCAACAUGGCGCUACCGGCAAAGUCACCACCACCUCAGGGCACGGCGCCGCCGCCAAAGAGGAAGGGCAGAGCACAUCAUGUCGCUAGCCCUGCGGGUGGUGGUGGCGGUGGCUUGGACGACUACUUCAAGGAGGGAGAGCAGAAGAGUCUGGAGCAAGACUAUGCGCCCAAGAAAGGCUCUGGGGUACCACCACCUCCCAAGGCUGGGGGUCCGCCUAGAGGCCCGCCGAAGAGUGGGAGUGCGAGCAGGACAGGCACUCCAGUGCAAGGUGACGGCAAUGCAGAUAGUGCAGCAGACUCAGAAGCAUAA